UGAUGCUGUCACAUGACAGUGACGGUGUCACCUUGGAUACCACACUGCGUGACAGUGUAAGUAUUUGAUUGUGUGUUGUUGUGAAGUGAACAGUUUCUACUCGACCUUCUCACCUGUCCUGCCUUUCUCUCUCUCUCUCUCUGCCCCUCGCUCUCUCUCUCUCUCACACACAACUACCACAACUCUCCUCUUGUCAGAAAUGUGUACCAGUUGUACAAUACCGUACUCGAUGACAUCAUGCGUACAAUAUCGCCACGUGGUCAUAUUCACUCUGUGGUUCAUUUUUUGAAUAAUUUCGAAAUCAGUGUGUGAAGGAGUAGACUGUUUGAUGGUGUCUGUUGGAACGAGUGAGGAGUGAAGGGUUGUUGUUAUUGUAACGAGUACGCAGAAGACAUGCUGUUGUUCCUGACGUGGAGCAGGCGCUGUGGACGUCUUCCUCUCGUCGUGGAUAUUUUCGUUCGAGUAGAAAUCUGUAAAAAAAUUCAAAUUUGUCGAGGCAUGAACUGCAUGGAGUAGCAAUGUUGCUGAGGAAGGAGAGACUUGUUCUGUACAUGUGAGUUGUCUUGUGGAGAGGUUGAUUUCGUCUCGUUGUAGAUUAUGUCCUUGGCCUUCGUUGUGUUUUCGUUUUUGUAAAAAUUAAUUGGAACGAAUUUUCUCAAAAAUGAUUUUCUGUUGUUCCUGUGAUGUGAUGUUGAGUUACUCAGGAUGGGAAAACAGCGUUGGAUCUAGCCAGGCACCAUAAGCAUGAGGGAUGUGUGCAGUUGCUGGUGGAUCACGAGAGUGCGAAGGUAUGUUGAAUAGACUUGACUGUGAGUGACUGAAUUUAGAUGUACUGUGUGUAUACAGUAAACAUUGCAGCGUGUCGUACAUUUGAUUGGUUGAACUAUGCAGUGACUAGGUGUCACGUGAGUCACGUGAGGUGCACCUACCACCACCAUGUCCUACAUUUGUACAGCUGUCUAUGAGAUCAAGAUUACAUAAACACGAGAGUGUGUAACUCCGCUUGGUCUGGCCAUGGCGGUAUGUUUCGUUUUGUUGACUUUUCUGGAGAUGAUGAGUCAUACCGUACGAGGCAUGUGCUACGAGUCUGUGGGCGCGUGAGCUUGUACAGUUUUCAUUAGGGGUCGUCCAAAAGAGGUUGCACGGGCCGUUGGUGUGUGAGCGGCAUUGAUUGCACUGCGAAAGAAACGAUCGACUCUGUACGAGCUCUAGACUUUUGUACAGAUUCCAGGACGCGCUCGAUGCGUCUUGAGAGUCUUGCUUCUGAGCGGCAAGAUGACAUGCACGACAGGUGACUGCCUUUGAGCGUGAUUCGAGACGAGGAGAAGUGGAACAAGCUAUGAAACGAGCAGCAUCUGUCUGGAUAGAAUGUUUUCAGCUCUUCCUCCAGCGACGAUAGUGGAGGCCAAACAGCUGCAGGCAGGAGAUACUGCUGUUCUGCCAAGUAUCAGUGAACUGGAAGCAGCAGAGCAGGAGGCAGCCAGGUUGGGCGGUACGACCGUCAUCCAUUUCCUGCACGUGGCAAUACUUGGUGCGGCGCGCGUUGGAAAGACCAGCUUGCUGAAGGCGCUGCUUGAGAAGAUGCACAAUGAGGAUGAACUCAGCACGCCCGGCAUGCGCACGUCCUACGCAACUACAAACAUCUCUGAUGACUGUCGAUUCAUCGAAUGCCCAGACAUGCCAGAUGCUCUGAGUCGACUCUACGUCAUCACCAUGAUGUGCAAACCAUCCACUUCGAAUCAUCCCCGAGGCAAAGAGACAACACAAGAUGACAGAGAGAGAGCCCCAGCAGGCGAGGAUCCUGUGGCUGGGACCCAUGCAGGACCUAUGGAGGACAGCAGCAGCAGCAGCAGCAGCAGCAGCGACGGGCCAGCAAUGCGCGAGGAAAUCCACGAGACCAUCACAAGAUUUCUCACCGCAGACCGGGUAAAGUACAUCUCUGACCGGGCCAACACGCCCGACUACACCGUCAUCACAUUCCGCGACCUUGGAGGGCAGCAAGUCUACCAAUCCGUGCAGCCCCUUUUCAUGGCCAAAAACACAACCUUUAUUGCCACAUACAACUCUUCUCUGGACCUUCUAGAGACCCUUCCCAAGCUCGAAAAAUUUCAGUUCAGCCAGGAAGAAUGUAUCGAGCGGGCCACUCUACCGGCCAAUGCGACUCGCCUAGACCAGCUGCUAAGCUGGCUCGACAUGCUGCUGCUGAAUGCGAAAGCUGACAGCAGCACAGACCAGAGUGCUGCAGAUGAUGUGUUUGUAGUGGGGUGUCAGAGUGACAUGUGGAAGAAAACCGAUUUGCCUGAUCCUUGUAAACUACUUCAAGAGAAUAUAGAAGGUUCGCCUUAUAAGAACCUUGUCUGGAACGAAACAUCGUACUUCAAAAUCGACAGCACCAGAUCCACUGGAAGUGCAGCACAAGCAGAUGAGCUGCAGCGAUUGAGAGAGGCCAUCAUCGACCGCUGCCGGAAGAGCCAACGUAACAUCCCUGUUCCAUGGCUCCGAUUCUGCAUAACCAUACACACGCUCAAGCAGGAGGUCACGUGGCCUUGGAUUUCCUUCAAGGAGGCAAAGUUCAUAGCGAAGCAAGUCAAGGCUGUUCCACAUGACUGCAGUGACCGGCAAAUACAGCUGCUGCUGAAGUACUGCCACGAAGCAGGCCACCUGGCGUACUUCCCAACUUUCAAGCUGAAAGACACGGUCAUCCUGGAGCCCCAGUUCAUCCUGGACUGUGUCAAUGCCUUUGUCUACAUGAAGCUUGACCGAGACAUCACAGUGCACGAAGCGCGGCGCUAUAAGUCUGGGUUCAUGACGGAGUCCCUGGCACGCAAAGCUCUCAACAAGAUGUUCGAGGGUCAGUCUUACUGCGACCAUGCUAAGGCGUGGCAAGCAGUCAGAGCAAGCAGUGAUGGGUUCAAGCUCAUUUUUGAAAUCCUAGAAUGGCUCUCAGUCCUGGUAAUUGUGCAGGAUGAGAGGUCUGCUGAGCACGAGUUUAUUGUACCUGCAAUCGUCCGGGACAUGGGCACGGACCCACAGCUGCCUUGUUCCUGUGCCUACGUGUCCCUUAAGCACGCACACCGCGAUGAGUUGAUGCACUUUCCCGUGUUCCUGUACUGGCAAUGCGUGGUGGAGGUGCUGCUGAAGUCACACAAGCGCUCGGCUGCCACGCUGUCACGGUGCAGCGUUUGCCUUCGCUGGAGCAGCGUUUGGCCGUGGCUGCACCUGCACUAUACACGCUACGGCUUACAAGUGUACGUCGAGUGCGAGGGCCCACACGGCGGCAGCGGAAAGUCUACGCUGGAUGAUGUCCGGGCAAUCGUGCGCACAGUGCUACGGAAGUGGGGCCUGCAGGUCGAAGUGAUCAGCACAUUGCCAUGCCCCUGCGGAGAAACAUCGGGCAAGGAGUGUUUACAGCAUGGCUUAUCUACGUGCUGCGCACCAAGCUGUGCGCACGCCUUGUACGCUUCCACCCUAGUGGCUGAAGACUACCCACUGUGUCCACGUUCAAAGCGGGAUACUAGUUUUCCGAUGAUCCGUGAGCAGGCCAUGUUCUGGCUGGGCCUUGACCAGCAUGCAUGUGGAAAGCUGUUUGACCCGAGAUCGACCUCUCUUCCUUCAGGCGAGUCUCUUGACCAACAGCUCUCUGACAUGACAGCAUGGGAGAGUGACGUCUUCACAGAACUUCGGCCUGACCUGGUUUCCACGCUAACUCCAGGUGAUAUGCGUCGCCAGUGUGAGGCUAAGAAGUUGAUUACGCGUGCACAGCGUCAGCUAUUUGCAUCAAACACUGGCCGUGCAGCGCAGAAUGAGGAAUUGCUCGAUGCACUAAGCACUGGUGAUGACGAAUCCUUCCACACCUUCCUUGAAUGUAUCCGUAAAGUCGAGCCACCAGCCAGCGCGAGAAGGUUAUUGGCCAAGCUGGAACCCGUCGACAAGUUCCGGGCAGCCCGGCAGUACUGCUGAGGCCGCAUUAGCGUCUGCAGGAGCAUCUGCUGCUGAUCCAGUGGACGAGGAUGAGAAGUCGUACGGCGACCCAUUCCAGCAGCGUGUCUUUCUAACCGAUAUUUCGCCUUGGUUGGGCAAAUAAACAGCGGGAACAUUUCGUAAAAUGGCGAAGAGGCCGGGUUAUUCGCCGAUCUGCAGCAGAUAGAAAACUUGAAGAGGAUUGAGAAACUAGAUGGAACACGCACUCACAACGGAGAGUUGGUCAACAUUCUAAGCAGCGAGGAAAAGGCCGGCUGCAUCAAGCUAGUGAUGAUCAUCAAACGCUGGGGUAACUAUCCCGACAAGGUCGACAAGAUGAACCAGCUUCUGCCACGACGGGCCCGUGUGUAAACGAUUGAGGUGUCAAGCACUUCACGCAGCACGCACUGGUACUGUUCUCCCCCCCCCCCCCCCCUCUCUCUCUUUCUCUCUGUCUCUUUCUCUUUGUCUGUCUCUCUGUCUGUCUCUCUUUCUCUCUCUCUCUU